GAAGGUUAGUGACUGACAGCAGGAAACCAAUCUUCAGAAGCCGGGUCUUCUUUUGGCCUUCUUCGAGAAGUACUGCUAUCCCAUGGCCGUCAAAGGGAUGAAUCUGUGCAAUGUAUGCCUUUUGCUCGUCUAUUUUAUUACGGCAGUGGUUGCGGGGCGAGAUUUCUACAAAAUCUUAGGGGUGAGCAAGAGCGCAUCCGUCAGGGACAUCAAGAAAGCAUACAGAAAGCUUGCUCUCCAGUUACAUCCCGACAGAAACCAAGAUGACCCACAAGCUCAGGACAAAUUCGCAGAUCUGGGGGCAGCUUAUGAGGUACUCUCGGAUGAGGAGAAAAGGAAACAGUAUGAUGCGUAUGGAGAGGAUGGUCUCAAAGAGGGUCACCAUAGCUCACACAACGAUAUCUUCUCCAGCUUCUUUGGGGACUUUGGAUUUAUGUUUGGCGGUAACAGACAGCAACAGGACAGGAACAUCCCCAAAGGAAAUGAUAUUGUACUCGACCUGGAGGUCACGCUUGAAGAAGUGUACUCGGGAAACUUUGUUGAGGUUGUACGUAACAAGCCCAUAGCCAAAGAAGCUCCCGGCAAGAGGAAGUGCAACUGCAGACAGGAGAUGAGGACGACACAGCUUGGACCCGGCCGCUUCCAGAUGACUCAGGAAGUCGUGUGUGACGAGUGCCCAAAUAUAAAGCUGGUAAACGAAGAGAGAACCCUGGAGGUGGAAAUUGAACAGGGAGUGAGAGACGAGAUGGAGUACCCUUUCAUCGGAGAAGGAGAGCCACACAUCGAUGGAGAACCUGGGGAUCUUCGUUUCCGCAUCAAAGUUUUAAAACAUCCCUUGUUUGAGCGUCGAGGGGAUGACCUUUACACAAACGUCACCAUCUCUCUGGUGGAAGCGCUGGUUGGCUUCGAGAUGGAAAUCACACACUUGGAUGGACACAAGGUUCACAUAGUAAGAGACAAGAUCACCAAGCCUGGGGCUCGCGUGUGGAAGAAGGGAGAGGGCCUACCCAACUUUGACAACAUCAACAUCCGUGGCUCUCUCAUCAUCACCUUUGAUGUGGAGUUCCCCCAGAAACAACUGGACGAACAGCAGAAAGAUGGUAUUCGAAAUCUUCUCAAACAGGGCUCUGUACAGAAGGUUUACAAUGGACUACAGGGAUACUAGCACAUACAGGAGCAGUCUGGACUGUGUUAGCUGAUGUACACACAUUCACACACAAAUGGUCAUUCAACAGGUGUUUGCUCAAUUAUUGGGUUGGGAUGUAUUUAUUACUUUCUGGUGGUUCUCAGGAUGGCUUGACUUUGAUUUUGUUUUUACUUUUUAAUGUUCUACAUUUUGCCAACAGUAGCACCUGUUGAUGUUAUUUUAUUUGAAGUGUAUCAUUAAGAUGCCAUCCCUGUUGUACUUUCUUUGGCCCCUGUUUCUACUGCCAUCGGUCCAUUUUCUCUCCCUUCAUUUGCCUCAGAAUACACAUACAGUCUACUACUGUAUCAACCAUUACACUAUUCUGGGGAGCCAGUGCCCAGCCGUUCUGCAACAAGCAAGUCCGCCAGAUGAUUGACAGCAGCGCUACACAGAAACUGGAAAUGUAAAAGUUCAUCUGUACACAUUUCUAGUCGAAAACUUCCACCAAUUUCUGCAGGACCUGAAGAUUUUCUCAUUUGGGUCUUUUUUUAAAAAUAAGUUUUAUGAAGAUGGAGUUGAUAUGGUUUCCAGCAUCCUCUUUGCUUUGGCGAUGAUCAGAGAAUUCAGAGUUUAUAGACAUAAAAAGUGCACUGUGAAAUGAUUUUGCAAUCACAUUGCAUUAAAAUAUUCGGAAGACUUCAGCAUUGAAGAGAAUACUUGUUUCAAAUCUCAUAUCUUAUCCAUAUCUUAAAGAGAGAGCCUGUGUUGGUAUAUUCCUGUGCUGUGGGCAAGAAACUGCUCAGCCAAAAGUGCUAAAAACCUGAAGAUACGAAAUCUAUCCCAAAAAGAAUGAUCUGUGCAGAAAUGCAGGUCAGGUGAAUUGGCCGUACAAAAUUGUCCCUAGGUGUGAAUGCGUGUGUGUGUUUGUGUGUGUGUGUGUGUGUGUGGGCCCUGUGAUGGCCUGGCGGCCUGUCCAGGGUGUCUCCCCGCCUGCCGCCCAAUGACUGCUGGGAUAGGCUCCAGCAUCCCCGCCACCCUGAGAGCACGAUAAGCGGUUUGGAUAAUGGAUGGACGGAUGGAAGUUUUAUGAAUGUAGAACAGCUUCACAAAGUGAGGGAUAAAAUGGCUUUUUUCACUCUGCCAUCCUUGGUUGGGCUUCUGUGUACUAUUACUUUGUAAAUAGGAAGGAACAAAGUGUCCUUGCUCAUCGCAUUUUGUUGGACUUAUUUAUGUUGCCGCUUUGCUGUCUUCAACUGGCCAUGCUAUGAAGCAAGGCCUAAUGAUGUCAGUAUUUCCUCCAGGACUGCUGUGGUGAGAGUUGACCUCCUUUGUGUAACAGUGGACUUUUAUCAUGGGAUAAGAAUUAACAUGUCCUCCGUGCCCACGCUAGGAUUGUUUCUUACACAAACACACAUACACCCACCCUUGGCUACCUGACUCCCUCCCUCUGGACUGAUCAAACCUCACUUAAACGGACUUAAGACCACAAUGCAUCACCCUUUCUUUUUAAAGAAUUGUUGGCUGCAUCAAUUUGAUAUCCACAUGUUCCUAGCUCAGUGCGUUUUAUCUUCUCUUUCUCACGCUCAGGCGUGACUGAAUAAAAUCUGUUUUUCAUGGGUUGUCAUAUUUUCGGUCCAUAAACUAUGGGACAGCAACACUGCCUCCAAAGUCCAUGUGACUAUCAUGGGCAUAAUUGUGAAUGAACUGGCCAUUUUACAGAGUGUUACGGUGUGGGGGCGAGGGAAACAUGUUUUUGUGAUGGACAAUUCGAAUAAAAAAAUCUUUUUAGA